GACGCUGAACCGCCGCCUUCUUUCGGUUCCAGCUUCGCACGUCUCCAUUUUCUUCGGACCCGACGUUCAGCGGCUUAAGAGGAGCGAGAAGACCCCGCGGAGAGAGAGAGAGAGAGAGAGAAAUGGAUGAAGAAUACGACGUUAUCGUUCUGGGCACCGGGCUGACGGAAUGCAUUCUGUCAGGUAUCAUGUCGGUGAAUGGGAAGAAGGUGCUGCACAUGGACCGGAAUGCCUACUACGGAGCAGAGAGCGCCUCCAUCACGCCGCUUGAAGAUCUCUACAAGCGCUUCAAAAUCCCCGGUGCUCCCCCCGCGUCAAUGGGAAAAGGCCGGGAUUGGAACGUGGACCUCAUUCCUAAAUUCCUUAUGGCCAAUGGUCAGCUGGUGCGCAUGCUGUUGAUCACAAAGGUGACUCGGUACCUGGAGUUCAAGGUGAUCGAGGGCAGCUUCGUGUACAAGAAAGGCAGCAUCCACAAGGUCCCCUCCACUGAGACCGAGGCCCUGUCAUCCAGCUUGAUGGGACUGUUCGAGAAGCGGCGCUUUAGGUCAUUCCUGGUGUUCAUUGCCAAAUUCGACGAGAAUGAUCCCACAACCAUGCAGGACGUUGACCCCAACAAGACGACGAUGAGGGACGUCUUCAAAAAGUUCAACCUGGGCCAGGAGGUCAUGGACUUCACGGGCCACUCCCUCGCUCUCUACCGCACAGACGAAUACCUGGAUCACCCUUGCGUUGAAACGAUAAACAGGAUAAAGCUUUACAGUGAGUCUCUGGCGAGAUACGGCAAGAGCCCAUACCUCUACCCUCUGUAUGGGCUGGGUGAGCUGCCGCAGGGGUUCGCCAGGCUAAGUGCCAUCUACGGAGGGACCUACAUGUUGGACAAGCCCGUUGAUGAGAUCGUCAUGGAGAAUGGAAGGGUGGUGGGAGUCAAGUCUCAGGGAGAGAUUGCCCGCUGCAAGCAGCUGAUCUGUGACCCCAGCUACAUCAUGGAUCGAGUCACCAAGGUGGGCCAGGUGAUCCGGGUCAUCUGCAUCAUGAGUCAUCCCAUCAAGAACACCGGUGAUGUCAACUCAUGUCAGAUCAUCAUUCCCCAGAACCAGGUCAACAGGAAGCACGACAUUUAUGUGUGCAUGAUCUCCUAUGCACACAACAUAGCUGCCCAGGGCAAAUAUAUUGCCAUCGUCAGCACUACAGUGGAGACCAGUGACCCAGAGAAAGAAAUCAAGCCAGCCCUUGACCUGCUGGACCCUAUUGAGCAGAAGUUUGUCUCCAUCAGCGACCAGUACGCCCCAACUGACCUCGGCACUGAGAGCCAGGUCUUCAUCUCACGUACCUACGAUGCUACAACUCACUUCGAGACCACCUGUGACGACAUCAAGGACAUCUACAGGAGGAUGACGGGCACAGACUUUGAUUUUGCCGAGAUGGAGCGCAAGAAGAACGACAUCUGUGGCGAUGCCGAUUAGAAAGAGAGAGCAAUGAGUCCGCAAAACUCCGGAAAAUCCGACAUUGCUACCGGCAAAUGAAACAUAAAUCCCAAAAAAGAUAGAAAAAUUAUAUAAAAAUAUACACGGCAAUGGGCAAGCAGAUGAAUUCAUGUAUACAUUUUGCCCAUUCAGGAAGUCCAUAAAAUAGUUAUGAUAAUAGUAUUGCUGGAUAGGGGACUGGGUGGGAACGAAGCUUUUUCUAAUUACGUUCAGACAGAUAUUGCACUGAAUACUGGUUAGGCCUAAUAACCAACAGUCUUCUUCAUCGCGGUAACCUGCAGCUCCUCUCCACAGUGAGCUGUAGGUAAUCCAGAGAUGUCAAAUCAGUAUUCAUCCUUCAGUGUGGGAGGGUCAAUUUUAUUAUGGUCAAAAAGAUUAAACGGUGUAAAUGUGUUUGGGAGAUAUAAGAUAUCUACAGAUCAGUUAUUUUGUCUCUACAGGUAUUCUUGUAUGGAAGACAAGUGGCUUGGCUUCUUGUACUUAAGACAAGUACUUCUUGCAACUGGCAUUUUUUUGAACCCAGCAAAAACUUUUUUUCCCCCACAAACUUUACUGACAGCCAUGUGAGGUUUUACCUCGGCAACCAGCAACUGGUAGUCGUUUGUGGGGUCAAGCGGUUUGAGAGCGGGGAUCGACAUUUUUGCUGUUGGUUUUUAUAAUCCUGUAUAGUGUGCCUAAUCGUCAGCUAUUGACCAGAUACAGGCGAGACACUAGAAUGUAAUUAAUCCAGGCCACUACGGCAACUAUAGUCCAGCAUAAAGGCAGACUACCUGAACAUGUUUGCAGAAGCUUGAGUAACCAUAAUGUAUCAGGAGACAUCAGUUCCUGUAUUAUGCAAAAAUAAAAUCAAAGCCCCCCAGCAUUUAAGACGGGUUGAGGGAAGAAGUGGCCGACUGUAAUUGCUUUAGAAGGACCAAAUGUCAACUGCUGCAGCGUUGAUCUGAUAAGGGCCUCGGUUUGUCAACUGUUUUAAGACUCUUGAACAUGUUGGGCUCAAAUGAUUUCUGUACUGCAAAGUAAAAAAACAACAAAAACAAAAGGAACAAAAAAACAAAAGAAAGUGUGAAAAACCAAACCUGUUUCCCUGAGUCAUCCAUAUAUGUAGGUCAUCGGGUUUCAAAAUGAUUGCAUCAAAAAAAACCUCAUUUAGAGACGAGUGCAGCACCAUAAAACGAUAAAGGAUAAUGAUUAAGUGGCCUCGACAGCAGAGACGGUGAAGGUGGAUCUAUUAAACCCUACAGGCAGGAUAUUCAGAUAAUAAGAGUUGCUGUGAAGCCAAACAGAUUUGUGUGUGUGUGUGCUAAACGCCAUGGUGUAGUGUGAUAUUCAUUACAGUGUCUUUAUAAAGAAGACAGGCCAAUAAUGUACAAUAAGUAUAACCCGCAGAGUCCCGUACUGACCCGGACGUCUGUUCGAAGCCACUUUUCUAGUGUCCUGUAAAGUUUUGGCAAACAAAUAAAACUGACGUAAUAUUUACUGUGAUGGGUUAU